AUGUCGACAUCUCCCCAACGUGAGGACACAUCAAGCCGUCAAGACUCCCCCAUGGAUAUGGGAUCGCCUCUUUCAUCUGCUGCUGAUGCCCAAUCUGUGGUCACUGUUUCCUCUCAUACAUCAUCUUCAAGCUUGCAAAGGGCCACCGAUGCGAUUGACAAGGUCAUUAACAAGUUGGCGGAUCUUGCUGAACAAAUGGCAUCCAAUGAUCUCACCCCUGAGCAACGUCAAGUCAUCCAUCAGGAGUCCCAACAAGCCAGCAAGGACCUUGAAGUGUUGAAAAGCAUGUAUCGCAAGAUGUCGAAGAAGGACAAAUCCAAUCAUCAUUCAUCUCGCCCUGUCGUUCCUCAAGAUCUACCUAUGCUUCAAUGGACUGGCAAUGUUCAUGACAAGUCAAAGCUCGUUUUUGGAUCCGUUGAGGAAUGUCUUAAUCGAUUCGAGGAUGUGGUGAUUUCCUAUAACCAAGAUCUCGAUGAAGCUUGGGGCCGCUUGUUACCUCGUAUGCUUUCUCCUGAACAACGUUCGUGGUACGAUGAUAACUUGAGACCCUACACGCACCUUCCAUGGACCUUGUUUGCAAGAAAGACUCUCAUCAAGAAAUAUGGCGUUCAUGAUGGUGAACGACAAUCCCAAGCUAUGUUCGACUUGCUGGAUAUGCAUAUGAAGCGCGAUGAGUCGGUUGAAUACUAUACCGAUCGAUUUAACAAGACUCGCAGAGAAGCCGGUUUGGAGGACAACCUUGCUAUUGCCGCUGUGUACACCAAGUCUUUGGUUCCGGAUCUAUACAAGCAGGUUCGAUUGGCCCAAGUUAAUUUGCCCAUGGAGUUACGUUCGACAACCGAACAAGCUGCCAACAUCGCUAGAGGGCUGUAUGCCACUGUCAUUGGGGCCGCUACCAAGUAUCAAGCAAACAAGCAAAAGUCAUCCGAAAGUCCUGCCAUCCAUGAGAAACCCAAGAAGCAAGAAGGCAACAAGUAUUGCAAUUUGCACAAGAAAGGACAUCACUCUACAAGCGAAUGUAGAACCUUGGCUCGUGAACUUGGCAAUAAGGUUACAAAGCCUGAACCAUCUUUCAAGUCCCGUGAGAAACGUUGCUUCAAGUGUAACGAAUCGUGGAAGCCUGGUCACACAUGCAAAUCCAAGAUGGCAAUCCGCUCUGCUCAAGUCUCGGACCAACAACAAUAUCAUCAUUCCACCUUGACUCCAACAGUCGAGCACAAUCUUAUUGACUUGGAUAAUACUAUCAACAAUGACGUUGAUAUGCUUGAUGCACAACAUCCAUGCACACAAUGUAAGUUUAUUCGCAUGGCUUCCCAUGCCACACAGGUCUCUACAGAUCUUACUCACACUAUUUACGUGCCAAUUACUAUACAGGAGCACAAAGUUUGGGCCAUCGUUGACACCGGUGCAACCAUUUCUUCCAUCACUCCUUCCUUAGUAUCAAAAUUAUCAACAUCCAUCAUUCCUACUUCCGGUCAAAUUGACUUGGCCGCCUCUGGGGUAUCCAUCCCACGUACUGGCACUACCUCUCAAAUAAACAUUGUUUAUGAUGGCAAACCUUUUAUUCAUUCUUUUGAAGUUUUUCCUAUUAACGCUGACGCUGAUGUAUCCAUCGGUACUGAUCUCAUGUCUAAACUUGGGAUUUCUAUUCAAGGACUUGCUACGUCAUGGGAACGUCCUUCACCACCUUUUGCUCUUGAUUCAAACAUCGAGAUGGAUAAGCCCAACGAUUCUCCCGCUGGCACCACUAUUGAGCACAAUGAGCUUCUCCACGCCAUUCAACCCGCUCUUAGAAAAAAUGCACAAAUACCUGUUACUUCUUUUUGCACCAUGCCUGAGUCCGUGGUUUACCUUAACACUGGUGCCGCACCACCUGUUUAUCGUCCUCAGUAUCCACUUGCUGAACAUCUUUUACCUGUCCUUGAGGAGCAAAUCCAAAAAUGGCUUGCUGACGGUGUUAUCAUUCCUGCACCACCUCGUAACGGAUGGAAUAGUCCUUUGACGGUCGCCCCUAAAAAAGACGCACAGGGUAAUCCCACCAAUUUUCGCCCUUGUCUUGAUCCGCGACAUAUCAACAACCUCUUACCUGAACAUCGUUAUCCCUUACCUCACAUCGAGCAAAUCUUUCACGCACUUACCGGUGCCACUGUUUUCACCACGCUUGAUCUCAAGAGUGCAUUUCAUCGAUUCAAGAUCCAUGAGCCUGAUCAACACAAAACCACAUUUACCUUUCGCAACAGACCUUAUUGCUUCCAAGCAUGCCCCUUUGGUCUUAAGCAUAUCAGCGCGGUCUUUCAGAAAUGCAUGCACACUCUUCUUGAUGAUUUACCUUUUGUUGCUACCUUUGUUGAUGAUGUGGUUAUCUUUUCCAAAUCCAUGGCCGAGCACCGUGAACAUGUCAUCACUGUUAUUCAACGUCUCACCGAUGUUAAUCUUAUCUUGAACGCCGACAAGUGUCAUUUUGCUCAAAAGUCCAUUUACUUACUUGGAUUUUGCAUUGAUGCUAAUGGUCGUCGCCCUGAUCCUCGCAAGUUGGUCAACGUUGAUGAGUGGCCUAUUCCUAAAACAGGAAAAGACAUUCAGCGUUUCCUUGGUCUUAUCAACUUUUUUCGCUCGCACUUACCUCUUGCUGCCGAGCUCACAGCACCUCUCGAUGCUUUACGUAACCAUGGAUCUCUUGCGAAAGUUUGGCAGGAUGUUCAUCUUGAUGCAUUCAAUAACGUAAAGGCUGCACUUCUCGCUGCUCCUGUAUUGAGUCAUCCUGAUAUCACUCGUCCUUUCUUCGUUGCUACUGAUGCUUCGAAUUAUGGUAUUGGUGCUGUCUUGUAUCAAAUUGACCCUGACACCCAAGCACGCCAGUAUGUAAGCUUUGUUGCACGCGCUUUGACCAAAUCCGAGCGUAACUACUUU